CCACAUGAUUAUAUUCUUAUAUCCUGGUAUAUCCAUAAAAAUAUAGUGAUAUAUGCAUCCACACUAUGGCAUCCCAGUAAAGAUUUCAGUGAUAAGUGAGACCAGAGGAGAAAUGAAUUCUGCGGGCACUAAUUUUCCGAUGGGUUUCACUGUAUGUGCACUGGAUGUCUUGUGCCGAUGAUGUCAUCUUUCUGACCACAGCCUCCUUAUCUUCAUGUUUAUGUUUUUGGCUGUUUUUCUAUAUGCUUAGUGAGGCACCAUCCCUCCACACAAAGUGUGUGAGCUGUAGCGUCUGCAAGUUACAGUUCCAGGGUCAUGCCAUUCAGACGCUGUGCUUCUCUAGAUACGUCCAGGAAGGAGGGGGCGAUUUCCUCAUCACGGUUGCGAAACAGCUUUUGGUCAGGAUUCUGCAAUCCCAGCACCAACUUUGAGAGAACAAUAUCGUCAGACACUGCCGGGAAGCUUUACUAAAUGGAGGAGGAGCUCUGAGACUGUUAAAUCGACUCCACUAUUAGCAAAAAGAUGCUGGAGGGGGUUUUGUAAUCUUUCGUAAAGUCCGUCUAUGUUUUACCAUAGAUCCUGGUUUGAAGCUAAUACCUCAAACCAAGUAGUUCUAGGCUUUCAGCUAACUGGUGGAUUUAGAUUUCAGACAACAUAGAGCACAGUAGAAAAAGAAAUCUGAGCUUUCAUUUAAGACCCUGAAAAGCUUCUUGAAAUGUGCUUGUCAGUAGUCAGCUUUCUGCCAUUGCAGUGCUGAAGCAUCUUUCAUCAUAUCUUGGUUUUGCUAAAUGUGGAACAUUUCUCGUGCGACCCUUACGUCAUUGCUUUCUGGUUAAAACCUGGUUCUGAAAUUCAGUAGUCAGCUACUCAGAGCUCCUUUCCGUGAGUAGGUUAAGGGUAGUGUAAGGGUGUCCCUUAUAGACUGGGUCAAGUAUAUUUUGUUUAGAAGCCACUGGAAACGAUAGCAAAAGAUUCCUGACUGGAUCCAUGUGCUCUCUGCUUGUCCUUCAAGUUUUCCAGAAGAAUUUAAUGUACACCCUUGUGGUUUUGUAAUGAGGGUAGUAUUGUUGGCUCAUUCGGAGCUAUGAAGCGAACACAAAAUCACAAGAUUUACAAAUGUAACCAUCUCGUUUAUUACUUGUACGUUUGUAAAUCAUUUUAAGAUUGAGUCACUUAAGGUAUUAUGUUCCCAGAAUAAAGGCUUUCUGUUGCUGUUGCCUGACCUCUCUUUUCCUCAGUAAUUGUCCAGUAACAGAUCAUUACAGUGUGUUAAGUGUCUCUCUUCCUUUCAUAUUAGCUCAGUGCCAUAAAUGGAAUUGAGGUAGUUGGAGUUUUUAUAUCUGUGAGGAAUGAGAGCUAACACUCAGAUCAAAAGAAGUUUGGACUCCUAAAGACGGACUGUGACUUACUUAUUCUUGGCUGUUUUAUCUCUUUCAUGAGUAACAGGAUGCUUUUCUAAGAUUCAUUGUGUCUUUUUGCCAUAAGGUCAUACGGCGUUGGCACAUGGCGUGAAUGAUUGUCUCAUUCCUGUUGAGGGGGAAGAUAGAUUUGUUUUUCUGUGUCUGUGGGCUUGUUGGUGUGUGUGUAUAUGGUAAGGCUUUACGGUUUUCUGCAGACAGUGUGGGGGGACUGGGGAAGAAAGCAAAGACAUCCCACACAAGUCUUCAGGCGCACAGUACUCAAUGAAGGCCACGCCCCCCCCAGUCCAGCAGGUUAUAUAUACACGGGCUGCCAGACAUGACUAAGUGGAAACAUUGUCAAGGGAAGUGAGGAAACAAGGAACCAGAGAAGAGUGGAGUUAUUCUUGAGGGAGAGCUGGGAGAAAGCAUGCUUUUGGAGGUCCUGCAGCCCUCCAGCAGUUUUGAGGAAGACUCGUUCAGCCUGGGUAGCCGGCCAUGCCUCACAGCGGAGGACAUGGAUGGCUGUGCUCUGCCAGAGGCCCUCCACCGGCCCUUCGCCUUGGAUUCUGCAGCACUGACCGAGGCCGUGCGCUGGAGUUCCAAGGAGAAUCUGCUGGGCGCCGCUGAGAGCGACCCCAACCUCUUUGUCGCACUUUACGACUUUGUUGCCAGUGGCGAUAACACGCUGAGCAUCACGAAAGGCGAGAAGCUGCGAGUGCUGGGCUACAACCAGAACGGUGAAUGGAGCGAGGUGUGCUCCAAGAAUGGCCAGGGCUGGGUGCCCAGCAACUACAUCACACCUGUCAACAGCCUGGAGAAGCACAGCUGGUACCACGGGCCCGUGUCACGCAACGCAGCCGAGUACCUGCUGAGCAGCGGCAUCAACGGCAGCUUCCUGGUGCGCGAGAGCGAGAGCAGCCCGGGCCAGCUUUCCAUCUCGCUGCGCUACGAGGGCCGCGUCUACCACUACCGUAUCAACUCGGCCUCCGACGGCAAGGUGUAUGUCACGUCGGAGAGCCGCUUCAGCACGCUGGCCGAGCUGGUGCACCACCACUCCACGGUGGCGGACGGUCUGGUGACCACACUGCACUAUCCCGCGCACAAGUGCAACAAGCCCACCGUGUAUGGCGUCUCACCCAUCCAUGACAAGUGGGAGAUGGAGCGCACCGACAUCACCAUGAAGCACAAGCUAGGCGGCGGCCAGUAUGGCGAGGUCUACGUCGGCGUCUGGAAAAAGUACAACCUCACAGUGGCCGUCAAGACACUCAAGGAGGACACCAUGGAAGUGGAGGAGUUCCUAAAAGAAGCCGCUGUGAUGAAGGAGGUGAAACACCCGAACUUGGUGCAGCUGCUUGGCGUUUGCACCCUGGAGCCUCCAUUCUACAUAGUGACAGAGUACAUGCCCCAUGGAAACCUGCUGGACUACCUGCGCGAGUGUGACCGCGAGGAGGUCAACGCCGUGGUGCUGCUCUACAUGGCCACCCAGAUCUCCUCGGCCAUGGAGUACUUGGAGAAGAAGAACUUCAUCCACAGAGACCUGGCGGCCAGGAACUGUCUCGUGGGUGAGAACCACGUGGUGAAGGUGGCAGACUUUGGGCUGAGCCGUCUGAUGACUGGGGACACUUACACAGCCCACGCUGGAGCCAAGUUCCCCAUCAAGUGGACGGCGCCCGAGAGCCUGGCUUACAACACCUUCUCUAUCAAGUCUGACGUCUGGGCCUUCGGAGUCCUGCUGUGGGAGAUCGCCACCUACGGCAUGUCUCCCUACCCGGGCAUCGACCUAUCCCAGGUGUACGACUUGCUGGAGAAGGGCUACCGUAUGGAACAGCCAGAGGGUUGCCCUCCCAAAGUCUACGAGCUGAUGAGAGCCUGCUGGCAGUGGAGUCCAAUGGAUCGUCCCUCUUUUGCUGAGGCCCACCAGGCUUUUGAGACGAUGUUUCAUGACUCCAGUAUCUCUGAAGAGGUGGCGGAGGAGCUGGGUAAGACUGCUUCUUCCUGCCCCCCGGGAAUAGCACACCGGUUUGACACUGAUCCCGCCUCCAACUCACGCACGCUGAAGAAGCGAACGGAGAACAAGGAGAAUCUGGAGGGCGGGCUGGACAGCAAACCCGCCCCCCCCGGCCCCUCAGGGGUGACGAGCAGCCGAGCACUGGGGGACGGCGGGGGGGGGUCACCCGCCGUGCCACGGAAGCAGCGAGACAAGUAUCCUGCCGGCUUUGUGGAAGACCCCCAGGAGGUCACCUUCAGCCGGGAUCGCCGGGCCGGCUUCUUCAGCUCCUUCAUGAAGAAGAAGUCAUCAUCAACCUCCUCCUCUUCCUCCUCUUCGUCUCCAUCCCCACAGCCUCCACAGAGCCUGCCCGCCCCCCCAAAAAGGAGCAGCUCCUUUCGAGAGAUGGAGAACCAGCCUCACAAGAAGUACGAACCCGCGGCUUGCGGCGGUGGCCCGCUUGGCGAUGACGCCAACUUCUCACCAUCUCACGGGGACGGAGGCCGCGUUCACUCGCGCUGCUGCGGGGCCAGUUUUGGCCAAAGGGCUUCUCCCAGCUCCACGACAGGGGCAUCUGGAACCACUUCUGCCCCUGUGGGUAGUAGCUGGACCAGCCUGGCAGGGUUUUUCACUCCCCGGCUAAUCAAAAAGACUUUGGGCCUGCGGACUGGGAGGCCCUCUGGGGCAGACGACGGACACGGUGCGGGCAAGCCUUUCCCCAGAUCGAACUCCACCUCGUCCAUGUCAGCUGUGCUUCCUGACCUGGAGCGAGCGACGCUGACCCUCCCCCGCAACCGAAGCAAGCCCCCACUGGAGCGCACCAUCUCUACCACAUCCCAGCCAGAGAGCGUGGCCACGUUCCCCUCUGAGCCAAUCAUCCGUAAGGUGGACGAAGGUACCGCUCAGAUCCGCGACCGACCCAAAGCCAAGCUGUUGCCCCGGUCUGUGGCCACGGCGCCAAGGGUGCCUGGCGUUGGGGGCGAGGCCACUGCUGAGUCUCACCUGUGGGGCAAGGAAGGUGCAGAGGGGCCGGAGAGAGCGGGAUGGCCGUCCUCUGGCAAAGCAGCAGGUCCAAGCCCCAUGGCCACCGCCCACAACCACAAAGUGCCGGUGCUGAUUUCACCCACAUUGAAGCACGGCCCCGCAGACGUGCACCUAGUGGCUGUUGAUUCUCAGGGGAACCGAUUUAAGCUUCUGUCAGAGCAGGCUGACCGGGACCGGCCCCGGGCGCUCAAGCCGCGGUGCGCCCCUCCGCCACCACCCCCACCUGGCCUGCGCCUCCUACACCACCCAUCCUCCCGGAAUGCCGGGGAUGGGGCGGCAGAGCCGGCAACUGGUGGCAGCACGGACAUCAACGGGGAUGUGCCAAAAAAGCCGGGGAGAGCAGUGGGUUUGGGGGGCGGGAGGCCGCCGGUGCAGCCCCCACAAGUGCCCUCACUGCCCUCUGUGUCACCCCUGCCAGCCAGUAGCACUCCGGCAAAGAUGGCAAAUGGCACAGCCCCCACUGGCAUCUCUUCCUCCUCCUCCUCUUCCUCCGCCUGCUCGUCUCCCUCCUCGCUCCCUACCGGCAGCUCUAAGGUGACCCUGCGGCAGACUCGGAGGCAGCCGGACAGGGCGGCGCUGGACAAGGCCGGCAGAGAGCUUGCGGUGGAGAAAGUGAGCAAGGAGGCGCUGCUAGAGUGUGCAGACUGCCUGAGCAGCGCCCUCCUCAGCAGCGCCGAGCCCUCCUCCAGCAGCCAGGUGCUGGACGCCGGCCACCAGCUGCUGAACUACUGCUCCGGCUACGUGGACUGUAUCCCACAGACGCGCAACAAGUUCGCCUUCAGGGAGGCAGUGGGCAAGCUGGAACUUGGCCUGCAGGAGCUGCGGGCGUCUUCCGGGGGCGGCACAGCCGCUGCCUCGGGACCUGGCUCAGCUUUGGAUAAUCUGCACAACUGCAUUAAGGAGAUCAGUGACGUGGUGAAGAGGUAGCCACUGCGGCCCCCCUGUGCCACACCCCCAUACUUUGCAUUGACAGUAUGGGACACGGCAGAGAACCUCAGUACCUCACUACAAAUAGUAUUUUAUGUGGUUUGCUUUGUGUCAUGGGGGGGUGGUCAUGUUAUUUUCCCACAAGAACAUUCAUUUAUUAAACACUAAAGACUAUAUACCAAACCAGGGCUGGUUAUCCACUCUUCCCAGUAUAGCUUUUGUUCAGCACCUGUUUUCUUCUUUACCCCCCCCCCCCCCCCCCCAAAAAACCUGUGUAAAUCCUAUGAAUAAGAAGGCCUGUCAAACUGGAAAAGUUUUCAAGAAGCUUCCUGUCCCAUAGCUGAAAAACAUCAUAGGUGCUGAGGAUGAGAGUUCGUCCUGCUUUUGGUUUGAUAUAAAGUGCUGUGGCCAACCUAUACUUAUGCAACCAGACUCCCCGCUUUGAGAUACAGUUCCCGGUUGCCGUUAUUACCUGCAGGUACAGGAAACCAAUGCCUGUUAAAACCAUUUCAAGUAUCUAUUCUCCAGUUUUCAUGUAACUUGGGUUGUACCUGUUAGUCAAGUCCUAGCUGUGCUCUGCCCUGCCUCUCAGCAAGCUCCACCUAUAUAAUUCACACCGCCCUUGACAAUCCCAUCUAUCGUCUCACCCCGAGGUACAUGGCCACGCCCAUCUCACCCCGCCCCAAUCCCGAACAUCAGCCAGUUUUCUUUUCGAAACUAGGCGCCUUCGCUGCGUAGCGCGCAUCGUUGCUCUCAUGGUCCCGUCUUUAUAUAUAAUUUGUUUUUUUUGUUUUUUGUUUUUUUUGUAAAAACUGCUGCGUACUUCCGAAAAAUACUUACUAAAUCCGGCGUGCAAUGUGCGAUGUUUGGGCUCAUAAAUAAAUGACCAGGAAGAAAUCUGGCCAUUCUGUGUCUUUCAGUGUCUGAUAUUGCAGAUACUCUGAAAUAAAGGUCCUUGAAACCACAGUAGUUUAUAUAAAAAAAGCUUGAGUAAUGUGCUAGCAAGAUAUAUAUUGGAUGUGUUGGUUGAACGCUAGAAUGUCUCCAUUUAUUAACUUGAAUUUUUAAAUUUAUUGUCGUAUCUAUUGAACUUGAAUUUUUUUGGAAGCACAAGAGACUGUCUAAUUUAUUUAAAGAUCUAUAAACUAUCUUGCAGUAUUCACUAUCCGCAAAAAUGCCUAGUCUGCUUUCUUGAAACGUAUCUGUACGAAAGUGCAAUACUGCUAAAUUAGCGUUAGCGCUAAUUUGCGAAACACCACAGUCUCAAGAAGCAGUUUCCAUUGCUAUUUUAUUUCCGGUGAAUGUAUGUUUGUAUUUGUUUGCGAAUGCUGACAUUAAAGCACAAUGUUUUGAAGAUGUGAA